AUGGCUGGGACUGGAAAAACCCAAGUUUUGAAGUCAUUGAUCGCUUUUUUCAAAGCUCGGGGAGAGCCAUAUCGUCUGGUGUUGCUAGGUCCAACAGGAACAUCAGCUGCAUUGAUCGGCGGGACAACAUACCAUUCCUUCCUAUCCAUCGUGUCGGGAAAGUGGGGGUCUAACCGAGGAGAGCUGCGAGCGGUUGAAGAGGUGCGAGAGCGAUUGCUGGGUCUACCGCCGACAAAGGGACAUGCACUGUACAGCGGCGAUGUUUCUUUGAAGCAAUCCCCCAGACAAAAAGUGGAGGACCAACAGGAGACGAUUGGCAAGUCUAUUUGGUGCAAAUUCACCUGCUGUGUCAUUUUGAAGAAAAACAUGAGACAACGCGAGGGAACCGAAGAUGACAUGAAGUUCCGCAUGGCGCUUGAAAACCUGAGAUACAGGGCAUGCACCAAUGACGAUAUUGCCUUCCUGAAAACUAGAAUUCCGGCUUACAACGCAAAUAUCAGCCUCGACGAUCCCAAAUUUCGUGUGGAUAGCCUGUGCCAAACUCAAUCGAAUGAUGAGUUUCAAUCGGACGAGGUAGGAUCGAGCAAAGUCGACCCCCGCCUUCAGGUGAUAUUAUGGGAUCAAGUGCCUUCUACUAGUGAACAAGUACCAGCCAGGUUAUCCCUUUGUAUCGGUAUGCCCGUGAUGGUGCGUAGCAACGAGGCCACAGAGCUGUGCAUAACGCGAGGCCAGGAAGCCAUAGUAGUGGGCUGGAAGUCUACACCUAUUAAGGGAUUCCCUCGACAUAACAGUCUAGACACCCUCUUCGUUCGCCUUGUCAAUCCUCCUAAGCGAAUAAAAAUUCCUGGCCUGCCUGAAAUGGUGGUUCCUCUCACCAAGACUACUCAACAAGUCACUGCAAAGCUGCCCAACGGCGAGACGCCAAAGAUAUCAAGAAGACAAAUACCAGUUCUUCCAAACUUCUCAAUGACGGAUUAUGCGUCACAGGGGAAGACAAGGGCGUUACCCGAUGAGGUCGUAAAGCCUACCAGAUGGGCUACUAUCGACGCGUACAAGAAAUGGUCAAAAGACAAUGUCGAAGCCGACUGGCAUCCAGUCUUACGUUCAGAACCUCGGAAGGAUGAAUGGCAGAGGCCUAUUAUUAUCGUCGGAAUUCCCGGGGACUCGAUUGUCAACGGAACCGGAUAG